UCCUUCUUCUCCACCCAAAUGCCCUAGCCAGCUACUUUCAUUUUCUCAGCUGCCUUGCUAGCUAAAACCUUGUUUCUUUUCAAUUCUCCUCUUUAAAUAUAUCUGCACAUCUAUGCAUAACUCACUUGAUUAAUUAGCUAUCCUCUAGAGAGAGAGAGAAUUAGAGAGAGAAUGGAGAUGGUGGGCGAUCAAAUGUGUUACAUCCCUUGCAACUUCUGCAGUAUUAUCCUUGCGGUGAGUGUUCCAUGCAAGAGCCUGUUUGAUGUAGUGACCGUACGGUGCGGCCACUGCUCCAAUCUUUUAGCUGUAAACAUGGCUGCUUCCUUCCACAGUCUUCAUCAGCCCCCCUCCAACGAUGCUCAGGGUUCAUCUGAGUACAGAGUGGAUCCAGGAGGAUCCUCUUCCAAAUGGAACCAUAGGAUUCCAAUCCAGCCUUCAAGCUUUAUCACCAAACCAAAUCACAAGACCGUUAACCGUCCCCCAGAGAAGCGGCAGCGCGUUCCGUCUGCAUAUAAUCAGUUCAUUAAAGAGGAGAUUCAAAGAAUCAAGGCGAAUAACCCUGAUAUCAGCCACAGGGAAGCUUUCAGCACUGCUGCCAAAAAUUGGGCACACUUUCCUCACAUCCAUUGUGGACUCAUGCUGGAAACCAAUAACCAAGACAAAUUUGAUGAGAACUCUGACAAGCAUGAAAUGAGAAGGUCUGCUGUUCUGAACAAAUGAUCGUUAGCUGGCGUCAAGUGAUCAUCCAAUCCAUAUAUAUGUCCUCAUGAUCAUGCAUAUUAUUUUUAUUUCUUGCAUUAUUUACUUUGAAUUUAUGCUUGUGGCUACCUACUUCUGUUGAUGUUUUUCAUCCAUGUUUUGUUUUUGAAUGAAAUUUGUGGUUUAUUUGCA